AUGCCCGAAAGUGUUAUUCGUAAACGCUUGACUGGUAUUGCUAAAAACGUGAGUACGUGUUCGGCAAAGGCUACAGUAUACGCAGCUUGUGUAAUAAAUCAUAGUGAUUUAAAAAAAGACUCGUGUUUAAAAGAAUUUCUUGCACUUAAAGAUUGUGUACAAAAAGCUGUAAGCAAAACAAUAUAUUUCAAUUUUUAUUUUUAUUAA